AUGGCUGGUAAAAAAAGGAAGAACAGUUCCAAGGACGAUGUCGAAGUGAUUGAAUCUACUAAACCGACCAAUGGAAGCUCUUCUUCCAAUGAUGUAUCUGUCGUAAAGCCAAAACCAUUGACCAAACGCCCAACCCUCUUCAUUGAUGAACCCAUAGUAGUCACAAAGACGCCGCACGAUAGAUUCUUGUCUCAACCAAAGACUGUCGGCAUUGUCGGUGCUGGCUUCAAUGGGGGACAACCACGUGAAGGUGUAGAACACGCUCCUGCUCAACUGGUCGAAGCAGGUCUCGUCGACCAACUCAAGGGACUAGGCUGGCAUGUCCAAUUCGACGAGAAAUUCCCUACAUAUGAAAGUCUCCGUCCCACUGUCGACGAUAAAAAGGAAGGCCAUCUACGUAAUGUCCAAUAUGUAUCCAAUGUCACAAAGAGUGUCGCUGAUACCGUUGCUGCUCAUGCCAAACAAGGUCGUUUGGCAUUAACUAUUGGGGGUGACCAUUCUCUGGCUAUGGGAACUAUUAGUGGUACUGCCGCUGUCUAUCCUGAUGUUGGUGUUAUCUGGGUUGAUGCUCAUGCUGACAUCAACACUCCUGAAACUACAACCUCUGGCAAUCUCCAUGGAAUGCCUGUCGCCUUCCUCAUGGGUCUAGGCUCAUGCGGAACCAUCGAGGCUUUCAACUGGCUCAAACCAUGUCUCAACCCAGACAGGAUUGUAUAUAUUGGUCUCCGAGAUCUCGACACUGACGAAAAACGAAUCCUAAAACACCAUAAAAUCAAAGUAUUCACUAUGCACGAAGUCGAUCGAUACGGUAUUGGACAGGUAGUAGAUAUGGCUAUACAACAUCUAGGUCCAGAUUGUCCCAUUCAUCUCUCCUUUGACGUGGAUGGCUUGGAUCCUAGUGUCGCUCCUGCUACUGGAACUCCUGUACGUGGUGGAUUGACGUUUAGGGAGGGUCAUUACAUUUGCGAAGCUGUCUACGGUACGGGUCGUGUCGUGGGUGUUGAUAUUAUGGAAGUCAAUCCAAUGUUGGGGCAGGGAGACGAGUUAAGCCAAACAAUCUCUGUUGGAUGCUCGUUGACUCGAGCUUCGUUGGGGUAUGGCUGGAGACACAACAUUAAAGCUUUGGCAGAUGCUGGAUUCCGUGUGCUAGUUCCUGACAUGAGAGGAUAUGGAUCGUCAUCAAGUCCACACGCUCCAGAAACAGCAUCGUUGCAAGUCAAGCGUCAAUUCGCUCAAAAGAAUGUCUGCAAAGAUUUGAUUGAGUUGUUGGAUGUUUUGGACAUCAAGAAGGCUGUUUUUAUUGGACAUGAUUGGGGUGGAGCUACCGUGUGGAAGGUUAACAUCCAUUAUCCAGAACGGUGCAGGGCAAUAAUCGCACUCUGUACAAACUGGACGCCCCCAGCGGACGUGUAUCGAUCCAAAGAAGAAGUGUUGAAAGUCAUGCCCCAAGCCGCAUAUACAUACUACUUUGGAACUGACGCUGCUGACCGCACCUUAUCCAAAAACGUUGAAUUGUCGUUACGUGUCUUGCUAAGAAACUCGACGUCGGAAAGACUGCCUUUCAAUCCAUUCAGAGAUCCCAGUGUGUUUGAAAGGAUGGAUGAUUAUGAUAAGCAGUUGGGGCCGUUGACUUCUAUGACGCCAAGGGAAUUCCAAUACUAUCUGGACACGUUUACUCAAACUGGAUUUACUGGGCCUUUGAACUGGUAUCGAACCGGUCUCUACAACUUUGAAGAUGAGCUUGGAAAACCAAAGACCGUUUCUCUCCCAGUACUCUACGUGUUCCCUGAAAAAGAUCCCGUAUUCAAAGAAAAUGUGAUUGCACCAAUGCACGAACUCAUCAAGCACCUGACUGUUAAAAGAGUACCAAACGCAGGACAUUGGGUUGCUGCUGAAUAUCCUGAGCAAGUCAACAAGCAUAUGAUUGAAUGGUUGACUAAAACCCUCCCUGAACAUGAAAAACGCUCGAAAUUGUAG